GAGAGGUUGUGGGGGUAGGAAGCUAGGGUUAGAGGCUACCGGUGAGGCUAGAAACCCCGCGUGGCCGGUUGGAGCAAAUAUGUCUGUCCGGAGGCACAUUGGGAAUCCUGAGUAUCUGACCAAAAGAAUACCACAAAACCCAAGGUAUCAGCAUAUCAAGUCAAGACUGGAUACUGGUAACAGUAUGACUAAAUACAUUGAGAAGCUAGAAGAGAUCAAAAAAAAUUAUAGAUACAAAAAGGAUGAGCUUUUCAAGAGACUAAAAGUUACAACUUUUGCCCAGCUGGUCAUCCAAGUUGCUUCCCUAUCUGAUCAAACACUGGAAGUGACAGCUGAAGAGAUUCAAAGGCUAGAAGACAGUGGCUCUUCGACGACUUCAGAGCCCGAUGGGGAGAUCGGUGCCAGGACCAACGGAAAGGGGAGCCCGGGGGAACAGUCGCCAAGCCCCAUGCAGUUCAUAACGAGCGCGGGACCCGGGGACUCCAAUCGCUCCACUCUGCAGAGCGUCAUCAGUGGUGUUGGGGAACUGGAUCUAGACAAAGGGCUAGUGAAGAAAGCAGAGUCCAACACCAAAGACAAACCUUAUCCCGACUGCCCCUUCCUGCUACUAGAUGUGCGAGACAGAGAUUCUUACCAGCAGUGCCACAUUAUUGGAGCUUAUAGUUACCCAAUUGCAACUCUGUCUAGAACGAUGAACCCUUAUUCAAAUGACAUUCUUGAAUAUAAAAAUGCCCACGGCAAGGUCAUCAUUCUGUACGACGAUGACGAGAGGCUGGCCAGCCAGGCGGCCACCACCAUGUGCGAGCGGGGCUUUGAGAACCUCUUCAUGCUUUCCGGAGGUCUAAAAGUCUUAGCUCAGAAAUUCCCAGAAGGACUGAUUACGGGUUCCCUGCCAGCAUCUUGCCAGCAGGCCCUUCCUCCUGGCUCUGCCCGGAAGCGAUCCAGCCCCAAAGUGCCGCCCCCACCAGCUGAGAAUAAAUGGAGGUUUACCCCAGAAGACUUAAAAAAGAUAGAAUAUUACCUGGAAGAGGAUCAGGGUCCUGCGGACAAUCCCAGCCGGCUGAGCCAAGCGAACGCCGCUGGAAGAGACUCCAAGGUUCCAGGCGCCCGCGGCAGUCAGAACCUGCCCGCCGGGGGCCCUGCUGGCCCCCCAAACCCCCGCUCACUCAGCAGCAGCCACCUGCAAGGCAAACCCUGGAAGUAAAAACUUUGUCCGUCUUAGUCGAAUAAAUACUUUUUCUCCUUUCGGAACCCCUGAGCAGUUCCCAAGUUGGUCAUUUUCAGAAACUGCUGCAGAGGAAAGACCCUGCCAUGUGUGACAGGCCCUCUUCCCUCCGCCUGGGGUCCGCUCCUCGCCUGCAUCCAGCUGGCGGGGCAGGCGGGUGGGGGGGGGGGGUUACAAAAACCAGAGGCGUGACAGGCUCUAGUGUCCUCCCUAUUGUUUACAGAAUAUUUCAGUUUCUGAAACUGAGUAGGAAAAAAGAGUCUAAUUUUUGAGGCCCCUUUUUCUUUCAAAUAAGGUCCAGCUUGUAUUGGGUCAUAUCCUGCAUCGUUUUGUAAAUUCUUCAGCCCCAUCUGGUAUGUUCUUCCCAGCCACUUCCUUUUCACUCACUGGUCUUGAUUUCAUUAAGGUUCUCCAGGUGGGCUCUGCAGCAGCCGUCUCGGGAGUGGGGGGUGGAUGCUUCUUACCCCUCAGCCACCCCCAGGCGUGGGCCCACUGGCCGAGGAGCUGUCUGCCCAGCGCCCGCCGCAGGCUCCGUCAGGAGUUGGGAGGCUGGCACCUGAAGCUGUGCUCAGUUUUAAGGUUUGGUAGAGCCACCCUCGCGCUCCCUGAGUGUUCCUCCUCACCGGAUGUUUUCCUGGAACCAGCCCCGUGACGAUGUGCGCUCAGCUGCCUUCACCCCGGGGCCUGAGGGCUCCUCGCAGAGAAGCCCUGGCCACCGUAGGGGCCUGUGUUAAGGGCCACUGACGCACCCCCGCUGCCCACCCCGACCGGCCUCCCCAUUGGUGGUCGGUUUCUCCUUCAUAAGUUUCCACUCCCCAGCUCGGGCCAGUCCAUCUUAGAUGGAUAGAAAUUAUGGCCACUUGAAAAAGCAGCUUCAAUUGGGCAACCUCAGGCACACAAGGUGAGGACAGCUCCGCUGUCCUUUGUCAGGGCUGACAGCCCCUUUAAGCCCUAGCUUAAAAAUACAGUAUUAGUCUAAUUGAGUAAUUAGUGCAAUUUCCUGCUUACUUUUCAUUCUCAUGACUGAGCUGUGAUUAGGAGGUUGUGAUUAUAGAUUCUGGUUUGGGCCAGAAUUUUGAAUCAGCAUUAACUGAAUUGCUAGGUGACUGACAUUCAUUCCAUUUAAUUGGGGGAACAAAAGACCUCAGGUAAGGAUGAGGGACUCCGAAAUCAUCAGGCAAAGGGAGAGAGCCUUGUUAAUUUUUAUGGUCUGUGAUCUGUAGCUGUGAUAAGGGACCAAGGAAUAAAUUGUGCUCUUUGUCAUGGCAACCAGCU